AUGCAUGCGUUCGAUAAACUACGGAGGAAGUUCAGGAAGAAGACUACCGGCAAGAGUGCUGCUGCUCGAAAUGAAGUGGGAGGUGCUGCUGGUAAGGUGAAACCCUCGAACUCGUCCAGUUCGGCCCAUAAUCUCGUAUCUUCAAUCACAAAUUUGUUUCCUGGGAACAAAGUCAAGGGCAUUAAAGUUUUACAUGCCCCGCCCAAGCCUGAUGUGGAUAUCGUCUUUCUCCACGGCCUCACAGGCCGCGCCGACAAAACAUUUUUUCAUACCAAGACACAGAAAUACUGGCCCGUGAAUUUACUCCGACGAGAUCUCCCCAAUGCUCGCAUCCUCUCCUUUGGGUACCAUGCGGAUCUCGGUAGAUCUUUUCGGCCGGUUGGGCAAAACACCCUCGAGAGUCACGCCUCAAACUUGGUCAAUGACCUAGCCCGUGUAAGAGAAGCUGAUGAGUCUGAAGUACCUCAAGAGAUCAUUUUCGUUGCCCAUAGUCUGGGCGGGCUCGUGGUGAAAAAGGCGAUGGAAGUUUCUGAACAUUCCGCCGACGAACACUUGAUGCAGAUUGAAAAAGAGACAGUGGGCAUUGCUUUCUUGGGCACCCCUCAUCGCGGAGCAGAUAUUGCCCCUUUCACCGACGCUAUUGCCAAUAUCGUAAAAAUCUCAGGCGUAAGAACCAACGCCAAGAUUCUCGAUACGCUUGAGAGAAACUCUCAGGUCCUUGGAGGGGUCGAAACCUACUUCGAUAAUUGGAUAAGAAAAAACAAUGGCCGUAUUAGGCUGGAUAUGGCACGGUUUUCGAGGGUAGAGGACGACGGGUACCAGCGCAUCAGUGGGGAGCUCAAGAGAUGGACACGACGCCCAGGCAAGCGCCUAGGUCAAUUUGUUGUGCGGGGCCAGAAGAAGAAUUUGGACUAAGGCUGCAAGGAGUAGACAUUACCGUUUCUGAG